UGCUGCUCGACCUCCCCCCCUCUCACGUCUCCAAAGCAUCCACCUCCUGCCAUUGUCAUUGCUCGCCAUGGCUGCUACUCGCUCCUUGAUGCGGCUGGGCACCGGCCGUGCCCUGUCAUCCGCAACUCGGUCAUCCGCCCGUGCUUUCAGCACGACUGCCCUGAAGGCCUCGACGAUCCCGGAUGUCCCCAACAUGCGCCACGCCCAGCGGUCUCCCGAGGGACCCCUGCGCGCCCCCGUGAUCAACCCAGCGGACAAGCACAGCGACAAGGCUGAGGCGCUGCACAAGUACGGGCAGUACAUCAUGUCGUGCCUGCCGAAGCACGUGCAGCAGUUCUCAGUGUGGAAGGACGAGCUGUGCAUCUACGUGCCGCCUUCGGGGCUGAUUCCGACGAUGACCUUCCUGAAGUACCACACGGCGGCGGAGUACACGCAGAUCUCGGACAUCACGGGCGUGGACUUCCCGACGCGCGAUCAGCGCUUCGAGGUCGUCUAUAACAUGCUGAGCGUGCGCUACAACUCGCGCAUCCGCGUCAAGACCUACGCCGACGAGGCCAGCCCCGUGCCCAGCGUGACGGGUCUCUUCGAGGGCGCCCUGUGGUACGAGCGUGAGGUCUACGACAUGUUCGGCGUCUUCUUCACCGGCCACCCGGAUCUGCGCCGCAUCAUGACCGACUACGGCUUCGACGGCCACCCGCUGCGCAAGGAUUUCCCCUUGACUGGAUACACGGAGCUGCGGUACGACGAGGAGAAGAAGCGCAUCGUCAUCGAGCCUCUCGAGUUGACGCAGGCCUUCCGGAACUUUGAGAGUGGUUCCACUGCCUGGGAGCCUGUUGGGGCGGGUACCGACCGGACUCCCGAGUCGGAAAAAGAAACCACACCUCUCCUCGAAAAACCUCCUUCACAAGAAAAACACACCAAAAUGCCGAAACGCAAACUAUCCGAAGUGACAGACAAAUCCGAUCCCCGCUCGUUACAUAUCCAGACGCACCGCCUGAAAACCAAAUACAGCCAGGGCGUGGAAUCGCUCACCAAAGCCCUGAAGCUUGCGCGCGGCUUCGAGCGCCAGAAGUGGAAGCGUCGGGAGAAUAGGGUCAAGGAUGAGGGGAAGGCGGACGCGGUGGAGCGGAUGGCGGAGGAGGCGAGGAUUUUGAAGGAAUUGGACCCAUCCAAGGCAGCGCAGAAGUACCUGUACAAGCAACUGCUCAAGACGAAACGGAUCGCCGAGUCGCCGACCUUCAAGGAAUUCCAGGAACAUAUGGGCAGCAAAUUGUCGGCGGAGGGGCCCAAGAAUAAUUACGAGGCGAAUGUGACGGCUCGCUUGAUCAAGUCGACGCCAGUGCAGAAUGUGUUUCCGGGGAUUAUGGACGGGAUUCGGGCGUUGUUGAAGGUUGAUGACAAGAAGCCUGCGGCGGCGGCGGAAAAGCAGAAGAAGGAGCAGGGCGCUAAUGACAAGGCCGAUAAGAAGACGAAGAAGAAGGAUGACAAGAAGCCGGAACAGAAGAAUGCGGCGGCGGAUGAAGUCUCCGGUAGUGAGUCGGAGGGCCUGUCGCGAUCCCGGCUUGCGAGCGGGGAGGGCGAUGAAGAUGUCAGUAUGGACGAUGCGGAGAGUGUUGAUUAUGCGCAAUACGAUGGGUUGCUUGCGUCGGGCUCUGAUGAUGACGAAGACGACGAAAUGGUUACCCGGCGGCAGAUUCUCGGCGACAGCGACGAUGAGGACGAUGAAGACGGUGACGACGUUGACGGUCGUAUGGUGCAGAGGAGAGCUCCCUCUGAUAUUUCCAUCUCGCGCUCCCCCACUCCGGAGGCAGUAGACGAGGAAGAAGAUUCCGACUCACCUCCCUCGAAGAAGUCUAAGUCCGUCCAGAAAGGAUCCGCGAAGCCCGCGACCAGCACUACUUUCUUGCCCUCUCUCAUGAUGGGUGGGUAUUGGUCCGGAUCUGAGUCUGAAGCCGAAGACAUUGACCGAGAAACCGCUGAGCCGCCGCGGCGCAAGAACCGCAUGGGUCAACAGGCGCGUCGGGCGCUGUGGGAGAAGAAGUACGGCGCGGGAGCGAAUCAUGUCAAACAAGAACAACAAAAGGGCAAAAAAGGGAGAGAUGGCGGGUGGGAUGCACGGAAGGGAGCGACGGAUGGCAGCGGGGGUCCCAGAGGGAGAUACGGUCAUGGUGCAGGCCCCGGACGGGGUCGGCCGCAGUACGAUGAUAGCCGGCCUCAACGAGGGCCUCCGAAGAAGCCACAGGAUGACAAGCCUCUGCAUCCAUCCUGGGAGGCGGCAAAGAAGGCUAAGGAGCAAAAGGCCACUGCGGCGUUCGCGGGUAAGAAGGUUGUGUUUGAGUAG